AAACCCUAAUUUCAUUUCCCUCCAAUAGGCUCUCACUUUACUUCCCUCACUCACUCUAUAAUCCCUCUCAUCGGUAAAUUCUCUCUGAUUCGUAACUGUCAUCCAACCAAAACAUGAACGAAGACAAUGGGGCUUACAAGAAGCCUUGUCAUACUGACAAGGCUGUUAGCAUCAUCAAUGGCAGUGGCUGUCCAUCGAAAUGGGCAAGUCUUCCAGUAAGCUUUGAUGUUCUGGAUAAGCUGGUGGAACCCAUUGACCAUGUUCGUUUUGCUGCCGUUUGCAAGGGCUGGUGUCUUGUUUCGAAAGAGUAUAAUCAAACAACGGGACGCUGGCGUAAGGUACUUCCCAUGCUCAUGAUCCCUACCAAAUCUUCUCAAGAAGAGGAUAAUAGCGAGACCAACCAAUGCAUUGUGUACAGUGUUUAUGAAGGACACAUCUUCAACAAUAUUCAGCUAUCGGUUUGUGAUGGUCAAAAGUAUUGUGGCUCUAGCCAUGGUUGGUUGGCUGUGGUAGAUCAAGGACUAGAUUACCUUUACGUAACUCUCAUGGACCCUUUCAGAAAAUAUGUGGCGCCCAUUAAUCUUUCUGGCAUUGAUUAUUAUGACUUAAACCCUGAUCAAGAAGAUAACUACAUGACUGAAGAUCGGUAUAUGAAUUACCUUCCAAAGGUUAUCUUGUCUGCCGAUCCAUAUUUGAAACCGAAGGAUUAUUGGGUUGUUCUAUUUUACCAAACGAAUUUGAGGUUGUGUUUCCAUAAAGCAGGACAGACAUAUUGGUCCUGUUGCAAAUUUAAGGAAAUAACGUGUAUUUCUGAUGCUGUAUUUUAUAAGGGCCAGGUAUAUACAGUUGGAACUCGGGGAAAAAUUGUGUUAUUCGAUAUCAAGAGCAAAAUUAAGCAUCCACGGGUUCCAAAAGCCACACGGCUUACAGGCUCAGUGUUUGAAAGGUCUGCACGUAAGGCAUAUCUUGUGGAAUCAACCGAGGGAGACUUGUGGCAUGUUCGAAGAACUGUGAAACGAAAGGAAGGUUGUGAUGGAACUUUGACUGAUAGCUUCCAGGUUUACAAGGUGGUGUUUGAUAAGAAAGACAGAUCCAUAGUGGAGCAGGUUGAGGUCAAAAGCAUUGGAGAUGAGGCUUUGUUUGUUGGUGACAAUCAUUCGAUGUCUUUCUUGGCUUCAAACUUUGCUGGGUGCCAGCCUAAUUCCAUAUAUUACACAUGUGAUCUUCUGCAUUUUCAACAUCCUGAGCGCAGGCCAUUUGAUAUGGCUGUCUACAAUUUAGAGAACGAAACCAUUACACCAUUUUACUCUCUGACUUCUUGGCAGAAAGGCAACCCGCGCGCAGCUUGGAUUUGUCCACAGUUUAAUGGACUCUGCUAGGCGUAAGCUACUCUUCUAUUUGCCUUUCAUAUUUUGCCGUUGUUACUCUCCGUUCAGCCAUUUUGUGAUCAACAACCUCAAAUUAAGGAAGGGUAACUCUCUUUAUCUCGCAUCGGAGUUUUAUGAGUUUUCAUCAGUACUUGAUAAUUACUCAGUGUACUUUUGUCUAUUGGAUAUUAGCCUUGAUCGU